CGCACCGGCUCCAUCCAGCAGAAACACCGCACUAUGGCCUCGCUCUGAGCCUCCUCAUACGACACUUGUGUACAUACCUAACCGGCAAUCCGUCACCAUCGACGCCUUGAUCAUGGACCUCCGGUCCAGAGGCUUUUUUCGGGGCCAUCGGAAUUGUCAAUAGUACUCCCGAAGUACUAUAUUAUUUGAUUUUGAGCACUGUCACUUUUGCACGCCCUGGGAUUUAAACCGAAGUGACAGUUGUAGCACUCACCCCAUCUGCCGGUUAGCUAGCUAGCUCGCUAAGUCAACAGCCAAGAAGGGCAUCACUUUUCUGUUGGAGUAAAGGACAAGGAAACUACAACACCACUACUUUCAGUAACAGAGGACUGAUCUGAGGCUGAUUCCUAUCUUGCAACACAGUCACUAUUGAUUCCUGUAAGGCUGGCAACACACAGCCACCCUAAUGCAGAACCAUAAAAGAACGUGAAAUGAACAAACCACCACAGCCUAUAACGGGACCUCCUUCUGUCCCAAACCCUGCCCCUUCCCCUGGAUUGACACAGGCUGCAUACGGCCCUGGACAGCCCUCUUCUAUUGUUUUUGCCACCCAAGCUCCACAAAUGAACUCUGCACCACAGCCAAGACAGUUUGCUGCAGGGCCCCGUACUUUACACCAACAGAGUUACUAUCAGAACCGACCCGCCAUGGCCACCAGUGCUCCAAGGGUGCAGACGAGUAGCGGCCCUCGAUCUGUUGGACCUGCUCACGUCUACCCACCCAGCUCCCAGAUGAUGAUGAUUUCCCAGCAGCAGCUGCCUUUUCCUGGCUCCCCUCAGGGCUACUUCAUCCCCCCUGGACAGUACCGGCCCCCGUACAUGCCUCCAACCCAGCAGUAUCCUGUGACCGGUGGAACAGCAGGCUUCUACCCAGGAACUAGCCCGGCUGAAUAUUCUGGUUAUGGUAAGGGUUUUUACCCAAGACCAGCAGCAACCAAGCACAACCACAGACCACUAACAGAAUGUCUAUCAGGGAAAAAAAAAGGGGGGGGGAAUCUCAAACACGAGGCUCCUAAACUUAUCUGAGAUUUUAAGUCGGAGCUGGAGUUGAAUCUGUAGACCUGUUUAUUGCUGGGUGGGUGCGUCGUGGUUUUGCUUGGCUGUUUGGGGGGUUUUUAGUGCCUUUCGGAGUCAAACCUCUGCUGUUUGUGGUGGACUGCCAGCUGCAUGUGGUCUGGCUUGAUUCUGCUUUGGCCUGUGUUCUUUCUAUCUGCAGUCUCACCUGACACUGCCUUACAGGUUCCAUGAAAUGACUUUGAGACCAUCAUUUUCUUCUUUUUGCCGUGCGUCCACAUACAACGGGAGGGUCAGGUGGGAUUCAGUGUUAUCAGGAGACUCACUUAAAUAUUAAUGAGUUUUUAGAAAAAAAAUCAGGAAGGGAACAAGUCUUGAAAAACAUUUUGAGCCACCACUGCCCUUUAUAGAACCAUUUUUAGAAAAUGCCACCCAAACACACCUCUGGCCUGUGUUACUGCUACAAAAGCUCCUUUUACUUCAAGACAAAUGGUGUUGCAUAGAUUCUUUUUCAUUUAUGAGGGGUCUUGGGGGGUUAAAUGAAAACUUGAUAUCAUAUUGGCUUAUACACACACACCCUUGAGCGUGAGAUUGUCCAGCAAACAAAACCUAAAACUUUCCAGGAAGUAAUUUAUAAUCUGAUACCUAUUGGCACAUGAAAAAAAACAAAAAAGCUGCCGGCAGGAACACGAGGUAAGGGGACGGUAAAGGCAUCGCUCAUUUCAUGGGACCUUCUUAACACCCUGCUUCCUCUUGGAUCCUCUCAUUAACUCAUUCUGCAUCUGUCUCUUCCUGCCCUCUCUCCUUCUUUCCUCCCUCUCCCGUCCCUCACUCCCUUCCUCUCCUUUGCUGCGUUGGUUCAGAGCCCUCUCUUGCUGCGAGGGAGAGGCGGGGUGGUGGAGGGAGAGGGGGCGGGCGAGAGAACGGCCGUCUCUCUCUCCACGGUGCUCCUCUCACCUCCCAGCGCUACCCCGGUGAGUAGUGUGUGUGCUUGUGUGGUGGUCAGCAGGCUUCAGUGGCAACAAUCUCUGUGGCACUUCUCGUCUCGAAUCGUUUCUGAAAUGUUACUUUGGUUAUUUCGGUAACACAAGCGUUUGACUUGACAUGCAGACCGGCACACACUCACAGUAAUAGGUGGCCAUUGUGCUUCCAAAACAUCUAAAGCAAACUCAGAUAAACUUUUAUUCCUUGGAUAUUUUUAAUACAAUUUUUUUGUGUGUGUGUGUGUUUGCAGGAUUUAUUUUUUAGUGAAAAAAAAAAAUCAUAUAAUUGCACAUAUGAGCCAUUGUGGGACGCUAAAGCAAGGACAGAUCCAAGCAACUGGAAAUUUAUAAACACAAUUUAACUGGUAAUCAAUACUGAUCUUGUAACUAGAAACUAAUGCUCGAUCUUGAAAUAAAUUGAUUCUAAUUCAACACAGUGACAGCAAUCUUACUUUUCCAACAAACAAUGUUGGAAAAUGCACUAUAUCACUAACAUGGCAAUAAAAUAAAAUAAAAUAGUCCAAACCAAAUC